ACCUGCUCCGUUUCGCGGAAACUUCGUCACCAACAGAAUAAAACUUGUCUUAGAACAGUGCUCAACGAUCAUUGAGUGAAAAAUCUGUAUUGUUGAAAAUUGUGCGAUUUAUUUUGAAAUAUUUAAAGAAGAUCGAAAAAGGCAGAUUCAAUAAAACGAUUCGGAAAUUGAGUUCGUUUGUUAAUAAGAAAAUGCUGAGAAGAUAAUUAUUUGUUAUUACGUCAAGUUAAGUAAAAUGAAUUUCCCGCUUUUCUUGGUUUCUUCGCUUCUUUGUCUGUGUAUUUCGCAGGCGAUUUCAUCUUCCUCCAACUGCACGACAGGUGUUUCGAUUGUAGCACCUGAAUUAGCAGUUCCUGGUAAAACAACGGCGAUUUUCGUCACCUUUCAAGGACCGUUAAGCGUGGAACCCGUAAACGUGACGAUAAAACUUGAACCGGAAGACGAAGAAAGUACUCAAGAACCAAUAGAAACCGUACAAGAAAUCAAAAGUCACGGAAUCCUUCCGUUGGAAAUCCCGUCGAAUUCGGCCGGCCAGUAUAUUUUAAAGACAAUUGUCAACAGCAGCGAAGGCGAAUCUUGUAUUUUACAAAGUACCACUCGUAUGAGAUUGGUGGGAAAUGUUAGGGAUGUUAUAAUUCGACCUGCUCGACAUACUUAUAGACCUGGUGAAAUUAUUGAAUUUUGGAUCUUAGCUUUAGAUCACGACCUCCAAAUAGUACCCGAUUCUCUUGCGACGGUUAGCGUAAAAGAUCCACAAGGUAGUAAAGUGGGUAUUUGGGGUGAAAUUCAACUAAAUGAGGGAGUUAGAACUUUUUCUUUGCCCAUCUCUGAGUAUGUUAGACCGGGGCGUUGGACGUUAUUGGUCGAGGUCGAUACGACCGAGUUUUCCGCGCAAAUUGACAUUGUUCCCGGAUUUGGAAAUGGUCUCCCGGACGUAGCCGCCGCUGAAGAACACUACGUCGAAUUGAGAUUCGGAAGGGAUAUGAGAAGGAGGUAUAAACCCGGUUUACCAUUUUCCGGGAAGGUUGAAGCAAUGAGUACUGAAAAAUCUGUUCGGGUUCGAGUGAAAGUUUACGACAACAUGACAGCAAUUUACAGCCAAGAUAUCGAAAUAAGUAACGGGGAAGGAACAUUUGUUGUCCCCGCGAUUUUAGCAGAUAGCGAUACGAUCGCGUUACAGGCCGAAUUAGUUUCGGUGGAAAGUAAAGAAAUCGAAAGUCACUACGUUUUAGCAAAGGAACAGAUUAAAAAGUGGAACUCAACGACGGAUUGUUAUUUAUUAAUCGAAGGAAUUGAAAGAACUCUUUUGCCUGAAGAUGAAGCUCACGUAGAUAUUUUAUCGACGUGUCCCUGCGAAAGAGAUCUUCACUACGUAAUAACCACCGAUGGAAGAGUUACGGAUUGGGCGCAAAGAAGAUACGAAGAUCCUUUACCGCUCGAUAUUACGGCGAAAAAGAAUCGGGGCGGAGUUUGCAAAUUAAAUUUCAGUUUUACCGUAAGAGCUUUAAUGGCCCCAAUAAGUCAACUUUUAGUGUAUUACGUCACAAAUCAAGGCGAACCAGUAAGCGAUGUUAUAAAUUUCGAUGUAAAAUUAUUAAAUAAACAGGUUUACGUCAACGUUGAAGAUCGCGAUUAUUGGUUACCGAAUCAACCGGUUGAUUUAGACCCGGUUGUUGCUGAGUUAUCUUCUUUGGUUUGCCUUUUAGGGGGGAAAUCGAGUGGGAAUGAUUUAAAAUUUGACCCUAGAAUAAGCGAAGAACGUUACCCCUCAUCGAUAACUGGAGAAGUAGACUUUUUAGAAGCGGGAUUAUCAUUUUUUCAACGUCAAUGCUUAAAGAAAAACGACUCAAAAUUGAGCGUUUUAUCAUACAGGCAGAGAGGAUCCGGCGCCGGGCCAUCAAACCGAAGAAAACCCCCGGAAAGUUUAGUCGGGGGAACUCAUUUCGAUCAAUUAUGGUUAUGGAAGUGUUUCAAUUAUACAUCUACGAUCGCUUCGAGUGGAUUAACAAUUCAAGCGCCUCAAGAACCGGGGAAAUGGUCCGUUUGGGCUUUGACUGUAUCGAAUUCGGGGGGACUUCGAUUUUCCCCGCAAACAACUGUCAAUGUUUUUAGACCGUUGGAGGUUGAAUUUCGACUUCCUAAUACUAUAAAAGUUCGGGAAACACUUGAAGUCGAUGUUAAAAUCGUGAAUAACAUUAAUGCUUGUAUGGAUGUUACUGCUUUACUUGCAUUAAGUGAAGGUGCACAAUUUUUAAGUAACGGGUUAUUAUACGUAACGGAAAGAUUACGUUUAGGACCAAACGGUGCAACUUCAUUAGUUGUUCGCCUUUUAGUAACAACCCCUGGAUUAAAAAAUUUAACAGUUGAAGUAAACGGUUAUAGUUCACCAACUUGCGAAGGUACAGAUGAAGGUUUAGCAAACACAACUUUAGUCGGAGCCGUUGUAAAAUCAUCGACAAUUAAGGUGUUACACGAAGGAACGGUUCGCGUCGACACUGAAAGCGCGUAUUUUUGCGCAAACGAAAACAUAAUCAUUUCAAACAAAGAUAAUUUUAAAUACGAGUGGAUUAAGGCGCCGAGAAAUCGGGAAAACGUCGUCGUCGAAGUGAAAAUUGAUCGAAAGCAAGGACCGGUACAUCUUAUUUUAUCGGAAGGAAGAAACGUUAACGAUAAAAGUUAUAAAAUAACCAUCGGUGAUGUUGGGAACACGGAAAGUUAUAUAUCAAGAGGAAAACACGAUUAUUCAAUCCAAUUGCAAAGGAAAAAAACGAAAGGGAUUUUAUCGAGGGAUGAAUGGAGAACGUUUUGGUUAAGUUGGGAUAAAAACAUAUUAAAAUUCGGUUCUGGUUCAAUUCCGAACAAUAAUAACAACACUUUAUUAUCGAUUAAUUUAGAUCGGAAAAUUAAGUUGGAGAAUUUGGGUUUUUCCUCGAAUUGGGGUACUCACGCCGAGUUUAGAGUGUGGAAUUUUAACGAUGAAGCCGGUUACAGCCAAGUUCUUCAUUUGGAGACUCCGAAAUCGCUCGUUCCCGGUUCCGAAUCGGGCCGUUUGAUCGUUUCGAGCGGUUUGGCCCUAAAAAUAUUUCCGAAAUUACAAAAAACCGGCGAUUUAUCGUCGUCGAUCGCAUCAUUGACCGGAUUAAUUUGUUUGGAUCAACUAAAAUUAAAAAAUCAAACGUUUAAAGAUGAAAUUUUAAAGAAAAUUCCCGGGGAAGUCCAAAAUAUUUUAUCGUAUCGCAAACCGGAUAAUUCUUUUAGCGAACAUCGAAUGCUUUCAAGUCAUAAAACGACCGUUUCCGUUUUAGAAAUUUUAUUGGUCGUGAGAAGAUUUUUUAACAUCGAUCCCGAUUUAUUGCAAGGGAUUAAAAAGUGGAUUCAAUUACGGCAAGAGGAUAACGGAAGUUUCUUACCUUUACCGGCCGAUAUAAAUUUAUCGAAGAUAAUGGAUGGGAAUGAAACGAAAAAUAACGAAUCGUUUCGCGAAAUCGUCCAAAUAACCGCUCGCACGGUCAUCAUUUUAUUAGAAAUUGGAAUUGAAAGUGACGAAGACUCCGAUAGUUUACAAAAGGCGAAGAUUUUCUUGGAAAAUUCGCUCCCUAACAUCAAAUCGAACGCUGCUAUAGCAACGGUUACCUUCGCUUUAGUUUUAAUGCGGAGUGCCACAUCAACGUGGGCAAUCGAAAAAUUACGGAACGCAUCGACAACGGAAGAUAACGAAUUCGGCUGGCCGUUUUUACUACCAAAACGAGACGCGGCCAAUUGGCUUUAUGAAUCAGAAUCGGGAAAAGCGAUGAAAGAAUCGCCGUUAAUUGCUACGUUGGAGGAUUACGAAGCUUCUAUUUACGCUUUGGCUACGUUUUGCGUCAUCGGCGAUGUUAAAUUCGCCGAAUCUGUUACGAGGUAUCUUUUUUAUCGAUCUCACAUGUUGGAUAAACACCCCGAGUUAUUGUAUUCGGCUGCCAAAGCGAUUGGUUUAUACGACUCGUUAUCGAACGAUAAACAUAGAGUUUUAACCAUUUCUUUAGCCACUUCCGGAAUGGAAUUAACGGACACUUUAGAUAUAAAAGGGGAAAAACCCGAACAAAUAAGACACUUGCCGAGUUUACCAACGAAAGUUUUCGUUUAUGCAACAGGAGGGGGUUGCGCAACAGUUCAGGGAAGAACGACUUAUUCAACAUACUCAACUCAAUCCAAUUCGAAGCAUUUAAAUCUUUAUUCGAGCGUAAUCGAAGAAAUAAACCCGGAAAGAAGCUCCGUAGAUGAAAUCGAAGGAAAAUUACCCAUGUUAAAAUUAAAAACGUGCUUUAAAUGGAAAAAUAGAGAACCAUCGGGAAUUUUGCGCCUCGAAAUCAAUUUAUUUUCGGGUUUCGAAUUAUCCUCUUCACCUCCCCCGACGAUUUUCGGGCCACUUAAAGGAAGUGCUAAAAUCGAGAUGGAACACGGUUCGUACGAUAAUCAAAUUUGGUUCGUUUUUGCUAACGUCACCGGAACAUGUCCAAUUUGCGUCCAAUACUUAGCGAAAAGCUCGUUUGUGAUAUCCUCUUUAAGGCCGGCUUAUGCCAGAAUAUUUCCGGUGGUAAGGGAGGAUUUAGGCGUUGAAAUGUUUUUUCACGCGGCGAAUAAAAGCACUUUAAUGAAGGGAAUCACCGACGAUGAUGUUGUAACUUGGUUCGGGGGGGAAAAGCGUGCUCAAAACGAAUUAAAAGAAGACUCGGAUUGUUUCAAAAAUAUCGUUAAGAAAAAAGAUAAAAAGAAGAUAAUAAAAAAACUAACUAAAAUUGAUGUCGAUUUAAAAAAGGAUCUAAAAACGGGAUUAGACCAAGAGAAACAAAAAGAAUUAGUUGUUAAUAUGAACGUUUCGCCCCCGAGACACAUCAACACAAAAAUUCACGAAGUUCCUGGUAAAUUAAAAGAAAAAAUUGAUUCUAACGAUGAUUCUAACAUAGGAAUUGGUUUCCCCCCGGAAAACAAAAACGAUAAAUAUAUCUUAUUGGAUAAAGAUGAAUUGUGGGGUUUAUUAAAGGAGGUUGUUAAUAACAAAAUGGUUAAAUCGAAAUUAUUCGAAAAACAGCGUUAAUUUUGAUUAAAAUACAACAAAAAUGUAACCGGUGUUGUGAUUACAAAAUGAUACGAUUCGAGGUUGAAAGGUAAAAAACUAAAAUUGCUAGUGCCAAUUUAAACUUGUUAAAAGGAUUAAAACAUAUUUGAACAUAACGCCAAAAGAAAACAAUCUGAUUUGUUAUGCGUAAAUAAACUCAAUCCAAAUGAAAUACCAAAAAAAAAAACAUGUAAAUAAUUAAUUAACUAUAUAAAAAAAAAUAGAAUAGAUUAAAAAUCCGCCCAUUAACAAGUAAAAAAUAAUAAUGUCUAUUUUUAACUCAUUGCCAAAUUAUUGUUAACCAAAUUAAGCGGCGAGUGCCAAAAAAAUAACAAAAAAUGAAAUGAAAAAUGAAUUUCCGUUUAAUGCUUUAAAAAAGUAGAUUACUUUUAGUAAGGAAAGAAAAGUAGAGCCUUUAAAGAAAAUUAAAAAAGCCAAAACAAAAUUAGUGCCAACGUAGAUUAUUAUAAAAAACACUCAUAGUUAUUACCAAGUACUUAGAUCAUUACCUAUUUAUUAAAAAAAAGGAUGAAACAUGAUUCGUGAACACCAUAAAACUUAAAUUUAUUCUAUUCGUAUUAUUAAAUUAUUGUAAUACUUAAUAACGUUCAAAAAAGCACGCGUUUUGUAUAUAUAUAAAAGAAAAAGUAACUAAUUGCACCGAUCCAAAACAACAAAUUUAAAAAUAAUUAUUAAAAAAAAAAAAUAACAAUUAGCCGCCGGUAUUUAUAUUUUCUAUUAUGAGGACGUUUUUGACGCCCUCGAGAAAGGUCGCUAUUUGUAUAAUGUAUUCAUAUCAAUGUUUUAAUUAAUGCACAAUAAUUAUCCUAAGUCAAUAAAUAAAAACGUUUUUAUUAAA